CUUCACUUGGGUCUUUUCUACACAGCAUCUGAACAUCUAGCUAGCAUAAUGGGUUCGAUAGUCCUACCACACUUGCCUACCGCUUGGCAUGUCGACCAGGCAAUUGUCUCUGAAGAUGAACGCCUUGUCGUGAUUAGAUUCGGUCGAGACCACAAUCCUGACUGUAUUCGCCAAGAUGAAGUUCUCUACAAAAUUGCGGAGCGCGUCAAGAAUUUCGCGGUCAUCUACCUCUGCGAUAUUGAUCAGACACCAGAUUUCAACGCGAUGUACGAAUUAUAUGAUCCAAUGACAAUUAUGUUCUUUUUCCGCAAUAAACACAUGAUGUGUGAUUUUGGAACCGGAAACAACAACAAGCUCAACUGGGUAUUAGAGGACAAGCAGGAGUUGAUUGAUAUUAUCGAAACUAUUUACAAGGGCGCAAAGAAAGGGCGUGGUCUGGUGAUCAGUCCCAAAGAUUACUCGACAAGGUACAGAUACUGAGAUGAUUCCUGCUUCAAGCGACCGUCGUUUCCAGGCCGCCCGCACUUUCGACAUACUACAAGAAAACGAACGUUUGGGGAUUUGAUUGUUUACGGGUACGAAUUAUGAUAUUUGACGAUCGGUUUUCAAAGGCAAGCUCUGUCGUUCUAGCCGGAGUAAUCAACUUUUAUUAAUCAACCUAGAGCCCUCCAG